AUGACUUCUGAAACAAUUCCAAAGAUUACUAUCUGUGUAUUUUGUGGUUCUUCAUUUGGUAAUCAAGAAUCAUUUAGUGAUCAAGCUACUAAACUUGGAGAAUUAUUGGCUUCUAAACAAUGGGGAUUAGUUUAUGGUGGUGGAUCAACUGGUUUAAUGGGAGCAGUUGCUCGUGGUUGUGCUACUAAUAAUGGAUAUGUUCAUGGAAUUAUUCCAGAAGCUUUGAUUUCAAGAGAAAGAACCGUUGAAAAUUCAAACUUUAAUGAUAAAUUAAAAGAAUCAAUUGAUAAUCAUGAUGGAUCAACCCCAAUUCCAGAUUCUAAGGAAUAUGGUAAAACUACUUUAGUUAAAGAUAUGCAUACUCGUAAAAAAUUGAUGGGACAAGAAGCAAAUGCAUUUGUUGCAUUACCUGGUGGUUAUGGAACUUUAGAAGAAUUAAUGGAAGUUGUAACUUGGCAUCAAUUAAAUAUUCAUAAUAAACCGAUUGUUAUAUUUAAUAUUAAUGGAUUUUAUGAUAAUUUUUUAAAAUUUAUUAAAGAUUCAAUUAAUUCAGAAUUUGUUAGUAGAAAAAAUGGUGAAAUUAUUAAAAUUGCUAAUAGUGUUGAAGAAGUUUUUGAGGCUAUUGAAAAUUAUAAAAUACCAGAAGGUAGAUUUAAUUUAAAAUGGGAACAAACGUAA